ACUAGCAGCUCUGCUCUAAUCAUCAACAUAUCCAACGUCAACAUUGAGUUGAUAUCGCAUCUUUUAGCUUUUAGAAAGUUUAUUAAAUUAAAAUUACAUUAUCGUAUCUUGAUUGUUGAUAGUUGACAUUCUGAGUGAGGUUUCUAAAGUUCCCAAAAAUGGGUAAAGGAAAAGCGGAAGUGGGUACGCCCAAAUAUUUGGCGAAUAAAAUGAAGGCUAAAGGCUUGCAGAAACUUCGAUGGUACUGCCAAAUGUGCCAGAAACAGUGCCGAGAUGAAAACGGUUUCAAAUGUCACACCAUGAGCGAAUCCCAUCAGCGACAGAUAUUGUUAUUUGCCGAUAAUGCUGGCCGUUUCAUAGAUAGUUUUUCAGCAGAGUUUAUGACGGGGUAUAUGCAAAUCCUGCGUCGCCAGUUCGGAACCAAGCGUGUAUCCGCAAACAAAGUAUACCAGGAUUAUAUUUCCGACCGACAUCACCUGCAUAUGAAUGCAACAAAAUGGCAUUCACUGUCCGAAUUUGUGAAAUAUCUCGGAAGAAAUGGCCAUUGCGUGGUUGAUGAAACAGAUAAAGGUUGGUUCAUUUCAUACAUUGAUCGCGAUCCAGACACACUUGCUAUGCAAGAAAAACUGGCCAAGAAGCAGCAAAUGGACAAAGAUGAUGCCGAGCGGCUAGCCGAGUUUAUCGAAGAGCAGGUUCGGCGAGGCCAAAAAGAUGAAAAACCAAGUACAUCAUACACCGAACUGAAGCGGGAAAAUGAAGAGGAAACGAUUAAAAUUGAAUUGAAAUUGGGAUCCAGUUCUAAAACAGAAACAAAACCUAUCAAAUUGGAGAAACGGCCACUUGAAGUCGCCCCUGAGACACGAAAAGAAAAAAAGUACAAGCCUGGGAACUCGGGGGAAUUUAAAAAGCCAUCGGCGCUCGAUGAGCUGAUUCGAGAAGAGGAGAUAAAAAAGGAGAAGAGCAACCGGAAAGAUUACUGGCUAGCGGAAGGGAUCGUUGUGAAGUUAGUAACCAAAUCGUUGGGUGAAGAUUACUACAAAGAAAAAGGUGUCGUACUGGAUGUGAUUGAUCGUUACAGGGCAAAAAUCAAGCUGCUGGAAACUGGCGAAAAGCUUAAGGUCGAUCAGGCCCAUCUGGAGACAGUCAUUCCGGCAAUUGGCAAACAAGUACUUGUCCUAAAUGGAGGCUACCGGGGGAGUACCGCUGUUCUUAAGGAGAUUGACACGGAUAAUUAUUGCGUGACAAUAGAAAUCGCAGCAGGUCCUCUGAAGGGACGAAUCGUUAAUAAUGUACAGUACGAAGAUAUAAGUAAGCUUUUUUAAGUUUAAAAACAUUAGAACUAGGUUACUACUAAUUAACCACUUGCUUGAGAGUAAAUUUACAAAAUGCAGCGAAUGCAUAAUUACA